UUUAUUUUCUCUUCUCCAAAACAUUCGAUCUCUCAUUUUUUUCCCCUUUCUCUCGGUUUUGUGUUAAAACCUUCAUUGCAUUGAAUUUUUUCACUUUUUUUAGGUUGCAACUAGAAUGAUUUUUAAUUUCUGGACUCUUAUUCUCCGUCUAAGAUGGAGUUGGAAGCGCCUCACCCGAGAGUCUCUUCACUCGAAAAAGCCCAUUUCCCGAUUUUGACACAUCUGCUCUGGAGUUCGUCUAUUCUUUUACUCCGGCGACCCAUAAAUGCCGCCACCUUGCCCGCCUUCCACGAAUUAUUCCUUUUUCGUCUCGUUGCCGCCCAUUCUCGUGUUCAGAGUGAUUGAUUGUGGUUGCUGAUUUGGGUUCUUUGGAACUCUCACCAGUGGAUGGCCGAACGUUGACUGAUUUUAUGCAUACAAGAGGCCUUAGGAUGCGUUCUCUUGGACAAGUUCAUCCAACUCCUGAUCCUUACGUUUGCCUGGAAUACGCCAGCACUAAAUUCCGUACCCGUACCCACACAGACGGUGGAAAAAACCCUACUUUUCAAGAGAAAUUCAUCUUCUCCUUGAUUGAAGGGCUAAGGGAGAUCACUGUUGCUGUUUGGAACAGCAAUACCAUUACUUAUGAUGAUUUUAUCGGCAAUCGAAAGGUUCAGCUGCAGAAAGUUCUUUCUCAGGGAUUUGAUGAUAGUUCUUGGCCACUUCAAACUAAAACCGGCAGGUUGCAGCUGGAAUAAUUUUUAAUUUCUGGACUCUUGUUCUCCGUCUAAUAUAGAGUUGGAAGUGC